AUGAGUCCUGUUGAGGAGGUACAUUACUCAAAUGGUAAAUUGUGGAUAUUUACAGGUUGUGAAUUGUAUAAUGUGCUACCAUUUCCAUCUGCUGUGACUCAGAGACCAGAAGAUAUCGGCAGCGUACGACUGUUUGCAGGUGAUUUAUAUUUGCAAGAGUUAUUUGAGACAUCUAAUGAGAACAGGGACAUGACACACAAGUUCCAGUUGAAUUUCAUUUGGAAUAAAUCUGAUUGUGCUCUUAUGAACCAGGAUGUAUUGACUUUCUGUUCAACUGAUAUCAUUUCCGAUUACGAGUCCAUGGCCAAAAAUAUCGUUGCAAAGAGAUCCUUCUAUCAAAUUAGGAUGAAUUGUGACCUCAAUGUGAAGAUAUUAUUGGAAUUAAGAUUUAUCGAUGUCGCAGAGAUGAGGAAAUUCAGAGAUGUUAUAUUUAGAAUAAAUGAAGAGUUUGAAAUUCUAGCAGAUAUGGAAUGGUAA